AAUUGUGCCUAUCAAAGGGCUGGAGGAAGACUGGCCAUGAAUGUGAACGUCCUGGAGCUUAGUUCUGGGGAGUUAGAUUGUUUAUGAAGAAAACAUUCCGAAAUGCAUAACCCAAAGACAGCGCAUUUGGGACUAACCCUAGUAAUAUUUAUUUGCAUGACUAAAUCCACGAAAGAAACUUCUGUAUCAGUCAAUAAAGGGGAUUUUACCGUCUUGAAGUGUCCAGAUAAGAAAGGGCAAUCCUUAAUAGUCUUAACCUGGAAGAUCCAGACCGUAGACAAGCUUACGUGCAUCAUAUCGUAUUCUCCUGACGAAGACCCAUUUAACAACUGUAGCCACACGAUAAAUGUAGACCCCGAACUUGGGUCUCUUCAUAUAAACAAUAGCCAGCUGAGUGAUGAAGGGUUGUACACGUGUGACAUUGCAACGGGAUAUGACACAUUAAGCACGUCUACGACGUUACAGGUAUUAGUCCCUCCUUCCAUAACUUUGAAGUUAAACAGCAACGGCUCGCUUGACUGUCAAGCUCAUGAUGGGAAUCCUGCUGCAAAUAUAUUCUGGAGCCCAGCCACACACAAUGCAGAGACGAGAAAGGAAAAUCAGUCAAAUAGGAUGUGGACAACCAUCAGUACAUACAAUGUGAAGAAUGCUUCAGAAACGAAUGUGACCUGUGUGGUUUCCCACCCUGCAUUUGCACAAAACAGAUCUAUAAGCAUGAGCAAAACUGGUGAAACCUUCAGCGUGUGGGUUGUGGUAUCGGUCAUGAUCAUCGUAUUUGUUGUGAUCAUCUCGGGAUUUUUUAUCUUGAAGCACAGAUCAAAUAUCCGAGAUUGUAUCAGGAAGGAUAAACAAAAUACAGACUCCAUUCAAGAAUGCAGCACAAAUGCACAGGAUGCAGAAGAAGUGGAGCCGUAUGCCAGCUACACUCACAAAGUGAACACUAUUUAUAAUUCUCGGCCUGAUAUCUCAAAAUCAGACAAAAUCUACUGGACAACAGCCACGGGAUCCUGAGGAGCACGAAAGGAGUCGCAGACUUUUUAUAAUAUUUGUAAAAGUAACAGGGUAGCCAAAACCCUUAAUUGCAAUGUAACAUGCAUCCCCUGCAGGAGCAGGAAGGAUUUUUACUAGCAUUUACAAAAUGGCUGGAUCCUUUCUGUGCUCCUAUAAGGGGUCUCUGCUUUUGCUUUUUUAAGUGAUUUUAAUUUAGACAGGACUAGUCAGUGAAUAUCGAAGAUGCCAAAUGUAUUCGGGCUGGUGUGGCUUUAAUCCAAGCACAUAUUUCCAGCCCUACUUUUUUUUGUGGGGGUAUUCCAGGCUGUCAUUAGUUUAUUCUCACCUUUGUACUGUAUUUGCUUGAUUAUAAGAUGACCCCGAUUAUAAGACAACCCUCAAAAUUUGAAUAUUAAUUUAGGAAAAAAGAAAAAGCCUGAAUAUAAGACUACCGUAUAGGAAAAAAGUUUUACUAGUAAAUAUUAAUUCAUAUGUAAACUAUUU